ACAACUGAUUGAGGCGUCGACAGUGGAGGGAGGCUAAACCGGGCUGGUUGUUGAUGUGAGCGCUCUGAAUCAGGAACAUUAAUAAAAACCCAUGAGGGGGGAAAAAACGAGAUUAUAUUAUGUUUGAGUUGCGGCAGUAGGAGAGGAACAGCUGUGCAGAUAUCGGGUGCUGUUCUCGGAGACAAAGCUUGAGCCCGCGCCGCAUCCUUAUUAUUGGAUUAGUCCCGCCCAUACUCCAGAGUAUCUCUAGGAAACCCGGCUACAACAGACAAGACAACACUCCUACACAUCACGCUGGAGGUAGGCUUCUGUGAAAUGUCAGAGUCCGGUCAGCCGGAUGCCGUUUUCAGCACAAGAGAUGCGGAUAAGGAGAAGCUGUUCCUGAGCAGCUGGCCUGUUGUUUCACAAUGACCUUCGUUGUGUUAUUGUAUUGCCAGCCGCGUCACAGAUGCUAGGAAAUAAUCCCUGUAAUAUUAAAUAACAUCACCGCCUAAUAUGGACUUCCCAGGUCAUUUUCAGCAUAUUUUCAAGCAGCUCAACCACCAGCGGCUCCACGCUCAGCUGUGUGAUUGUGUGGUGUUGGUGGGAGGCCAGAGCUUCCAGGCUCACCGCUCCAUCCUGGCGGCAUGCAGCUCCCACUUCAGGGCUCUUCUGAGCUCCAGUGACAGCGGCGAUGAGGUUGGAGGAGCAGUAGCUGACAUAGGUGGAGGUGGAGGCCCCAGCGUGAUGGAACUAGAUCCAGAGGUGGUGACCCCAGAGGCCUUCUCCACUCUGCUGGACAUGGUUUACACCUCCACCCUCUCUCUGGGGGCCUCCAAUGUGAUGGAUGUGCUGCUGGCGGCGUCGCACCUGCACCUCAACCCUGUGGUCAAGGCCUGCAAGCUCCACCUGUCCAGGAAAAAUUUCCCUGCAUCGCCACCUAAAGGCUGGAGGUCAGUGCAGCAGCAGCAGCAGCAGCAGCAGCAGCAAUGUCCAUCUUCCCAGGCAGGGAAUUCGGCCUUGCUUGAACAGGUCACAUCGGUCAUGGAGGAGGACAACGAUGAGGAGGGAGUGGAGGUUAGUCAGUCUGGUGGGGUUGAUGACCAGGACGUGAGUAGAAAAGUCAGUGGCGAGCGCAAGCACAAGAGAAAGUCACAGGAGGACGGGCUCUGGGGCAGAAAGAGGUCCUGCAGGCUGCCUGAAGGAAACUAUAAGGAGCGUUCACCUACUGUAACCAGAAGCACUGUCAGUACGGAGGAGGGCGGAGAGGAGCUGCUGUCCCCGGACUGCCUGAAGACGACCAACGGACUCUGGGAGAGCCGAGGCGAGCAGGAGGAGGAGGUGGAGGAGAAAUACGAAGCAACCAAGGGGGAGUCGGAGGAGAUCCAGAUGCCGAGCCAGUCGGACAGCAGCACAGGAGGUGUAGGUGUGUGGGACAAGGGCCGAGACACUGUGGUCAAAGUAAAGGUAGGAGAUGAAGGGGAGGAAGAGGGAGAGGAGCCAAAGAUGGCGAUGAUUGAGGUGAAAAAGGAAAAUCUGAGCUCCUACUCCCCAGAUUUAGACACGGGACCAAACGAUUCGUCUCCAUCUCCGCUACAAGACUGCACAGGCAAUUUAAAUACACAACUAAAUGACGAGAAAAUGGCCACGGCCCACCCUCCAGAGGGUGAUGUCAGCUCUUUACACUCUCAGCUGUGCACAGAUCUUCAAACCGAUGCACAGAGAGACACUGGAGAUUUGGGUGAGGAGUCAGUAGAUGGUGAAGGCCUAGAGAGCCUGUCAGAACUGGCCUUUUCCUGCUUCCUCAAUCCCAGCAGUGAAAGUGUAAUGGGAGCUCUGGAAGAAGAAGAUAGCUUAGCUAGCCUCACUGCUGCGGCUACCGCUGCUGCUGCCGCUAGUGAUGCCGGUGAGCCAUGUCACAACUCAGAAGAAGCAAACACCUCCUCUGCUCAGUCCUCCGAUUCCUCCUCCUCGCUUCUUUUUCCAGUGACGUCCGUCCCCUUGCAGCAGCUUCUACCCACUCAGGGCUCCGGUUUCAGCGACACACUCAUCCUCCAACCCACCCAGAGCUCUUUUGCAGGGUUCCUGAGUGGCAUCAGACCAGGCCUAAGCCUGGAAACCUCCCUCAUCCAGCCCUCCAGGGCCGGGAAAAGCUCAGGGGCAAUGGCCUUCCGUCGCAUCGCGCCCAAGGUGCCGCCCGGGUCAGAUCGUUCCUCUUCCUCUGGAUCAGCGGGGGAUGCCGCUGAUCGGCCGCCUCUAACCAGAGCUUCAGAGGAUGUUCUGUCCAAGUGCAAGAAAGCAGCUGCCGAAGACCACGUGCUGCUGGUGGAAGGGGAGAAGAAAUAUGCCUGCCAAAUCUGCUGUAAGACCUUCAUGAACCUGACUGACUGUAAGAAGCACAUUCGCGUCCACACAGGAGAGAAGCCCUAUCCCUGUCCAAAGUGUGGCAAACGUUUCAGCCAGUCCUCCCAUCUCUACAAACACUCGAAAAAUACCUGCCUAAACUGGAAAGAUGAUCAGUCAUUCCCAGACACCCUGCUCUGAGCUGCACUGAAUGACAUUUGUUCACUCAUUAGUUCAUCUGAAAAAAACUUGAUUUAUUGAUAUUUAUAACCCCAAACAAUUUUUGAUUUUGUGUUACAUGAAGUCAAAACAAAUUAGCUCAUGUAAUUCUUUAGUGUUUUAAUGAUACUUUGUUCUCAACCAUACGAUAUACUUUUAUUAUUCCAUGAAAUGAAACAGAUCAAAUGUGGCCAAACUGAUGUGAAUGGACUGAAAUUGUUCUCAAAAGAACUUUUUUCUUUUUUGGACUGCAGCUUUUAAGAGUGAUGAGAAUAAAUGAGGGACCUAGUCCUUUUUAUUCAUCGUGAA